AGAGGUUGAGUGACUUGCCCAGGGUCACACAGCUACCUUACUAGUAAUUCUCGGAUUGUGGCACUCCUGGCUCAGCUGGAGAAGAUCAACUUUGAAUGUUCAGAAACAGAAUCUGCCAGAUAUGUUACAUCAAAGAUUCUUCACCUGACCCAAAGUCAAGACCUGAAAAAUUUGUGGGAGGCCUGGUGUCCUAUUUUUACAGAUUCCUAUUCCUAGCCUUUUGCAUUGCAUUUGAAUUGUUGGACUGGAGAACAGGGACCCACUUGGGCCAUGUCAGGAGCAGUGGUGAAAUGAGGGCAAUACUUCAUUCACUGAAAUAUGGAAAUCCAUCAUACUACACCCUGGAGAGUAGGGUCAUCUACACCAGAGGCAGGAUCACCCAAGAAGCAAUUUGAGAAAAUCAGGAAAGAAAUGACAGCCAAAGGUUCUACAGGAAUGGAUGUUCUCCUGUCAACAUUAGAGAACACAAAAGACCUUCAGACCACACUUAAUCUCUUAAACAUUCUUGUUGAAUUGGUGUCAGUUGGUGGUAGUAGAAGAGCAAGUGCUUUAGUCUCCAAAGGUGGAACACAAAUAUUGUUGCAGUUACUUUUGAACGCCAGCAAAGAAUCUCCACCUCAUGAAGACUUAAUGAUUCAAAUUCACACCCUUCUUGCAAGAACUGGACCAAAAGAUAAAAAAUUUGGGGUGAAGUCUAGAAUUAAUGGGGCCUUAAUUGUAACUCUGAAUUUGGUGAAACAGAAUUUGCAGAAUCAACGUUUAGUGCUGCCUUGUCUUCAGCUUUUACGAGUGUAUUCUACCAAUCCUGUGAAUGCAGUAUCCUUAGGGAAAAAUGGAGUUGUGGAACUGAUGUUUAAAAUCAUUGGCCCUUUUAGUAAAAAGAACACUGGCCUUAUGAAGGUUGCUUUAGACACACUUGCUGCAUUGCUAAAAUCAAAAACAAAUGCCAGGAGAGCUGUAGACAGAGGAUAUGUCCAUGUGCUUUUAACAAUUUAUGUAGAUUGGCACCGGCAUGAUAAUCGGCACAGAAACAUGCUCAUCCGGAAGGGAAUUUUGCAGAGUUUAAAAAGUGUUACAAGCCUCAAGUUGGGGAGAAAGGCAUUUAUUGAUGCCAAUGGAAUGAAAAUUCUAUACAAUACUUCACAAGAUUGCUUGGCAGUCAGGACUCUUGAUCCUCUCGUCAACACGUCCAGUCUGAUAAUGAGGAAAUGUUUUCCUAAAAAUCGUCUUCCAUUACCAACUAUUAAAAGUGCUUUUCAUUUCCAAUUACCAGUUAUUCCUGUGACUGGACCUGUGGCUCAGCUGUACAAUUUACCACCUGAAGUGGAUGACGUAGUAGAUGAAAGCGAUGACAAUGAAGAUCUUGAAUUAGAAGCUGAAAAUGAAAUUGAGAAUGAUGAUGAUAUAGACCAAAAUUUUAAGAAUGAUGAUAUUGAGACGGAUAUUAACAAGUUAAAACCCAAAGAAGAAUUAGGACGACCAAUAGAAGAAUUAAAAAUGUAUGAACACUUUUUCCAUGAACUUUCUGAUGACUUUCAGGAAUGUGAUUUAAUUGCCAAAGAACCAAAGCCCUUGGCAAAGGAAGGAAAUCUAGGUGGGCCUAUUGUUGUUCCUACAGCAGGAGAAGAGCCAUCUGUAGAGCCAAACAGUGUAAUAAAUUCAGUGAAAAAAAAUACCAUUUCACAAGGAGAGGAAGGUGAUAAACAACCUGCCUUUUUAGAUCUGGCAAAGGAAGAUAUUAAAAACAGUGAUAGUUCAUUACCGCAACAGGAAGGUGAUCAAAACAGAACAGUUAUGUCAAACCAGUAUCUCACUAGUGACCUAGUGAAGGCCCUGGAUCGAAUAACACUGCAGAAUGCUCCCCAAACUUCCCAAAGCUUUACUGCCGGAAUAAAGAAAGAUUCCAGUCCUCACCUUACCUCUAUUUCAUGCACUAAAACAUGUCCACAUAUUUCUACUUGUGGAAAUGUGCUCUUUGAGGGACGAACUGUUCAACUAGGAAAGCUCUGCUUUACUGGAGUUGAAACUGAAGAAGAUGAUGAUUCUGCAUCUAACUCAUCAGUGGAGCAAACAUCGGUUGAAGUACCCAACAUGCCACCACUCCAUGAUUCUGAUCUCUAUGUUGAGAUUGUGAAAAAUACUAAAUCUGUUCCUGAAUAUUCAGAAGUGGCUUAUCCUGAUUAUUUUGGUCACAUUCCACCUCCAUUUAAGGAGCCUAUUUUAGAAAGACCCUAUGGUGUGCAAAGGACAAAAAUUGCUCAGGAUAUUGAGAGACUAAUUCAUCAAAGUGAUAUCAUAGACAAAGUUAUGUAUGACCUGGAUAAUCCAAAUUACACUGUCCCAGAAGAAGGAGAAAGUUUGAAAUUUAAUUCCAGAUUUGAAUCUGGAAAUCUACGGAAAGUUAUUCAAAUAAGAAAAAACGAGUAUGAUCUUAUUCUGAACUCAGAUAUAAAUAGCAAUCAUUAUCAUCAGUGGUUUUACUUUGAAGUCAGUGGAAUGCGGACAGGUAUUGGUUAUCGAUUUAAUAUCAUCAAUUGUGAAAAAUCCAACAGUCAGUUUAAUUAUGGUAUGCAACCCCUUAUGUAUUCAGUUCAGGAGGCAUUACAUGCCAGACCAUGGUGGAUUCGUGUAGGUACUGACAUUUGUUAUUAUAAAAAUCAUUUCUCGAGAAGUUCUGUUGCUGCUGGUGGGCAAAAAGGAAAAUCCUAUUAUACGAUUACAUUCACUGUCACUUUCCCACAUAAGGAUGACGUUUGCUAUUUUGCUUAUCAUUAUCCGUAUACAUACUCAACUUUACAGAUGCAUCUUCAAAAAUUGGAAUCAUCACACAAUCCUCAACAAAUCUAUUUUCGACAAGAUGUGUUAUGUGAAACUCUGUCUGGAAACAGCUGUCCUUUAUUGACUAUAACUGCUAUGCCAGAGUCCAAUUAUUAUGAAAAUAUCUGUCAAUUUAGAAAUCGCCCUUAUAUUUUCUUAUCUGCUCGAGUACAUCCUGGAGAAACUAAUUCAAGCUGGGUUAUGAAAGGAACUUUGGAAUAUCUCAUGAGUAAUAACCCUACCGCUCAGAGCUUGCGUGAAUCUUAUAUUUUUAAAAUUGUCCCAAUGCUAAACCCAGAUGGUGUCAUUAAUGGAAACCACCGUUGUUCUUUAAGUGGAGAAGAUUUGAACCGGCAGUGGCAAAGUCCAAACCCAGAUUUGCAUCCAACAAUUUACCAUGCUAAAGGUCUACUUCAAUAUAUGGCUGCAAUAAAACGUUUACCUCUGGUUUAUUGUGAUUAUCAUGGUCACUCUCGAAAGAAAAAUGUAUUUAUGUAUGGCUGCAGUAUCAAGGAGACUGUGUGGCAUACUAAUGAUAAUGCUGCCUCUUGUGAUGUGGUUGAAGAUUUGGGAUACAGGACCUUGCCUAAGAUAUUGAGCCAUAUUGCCCCUGCAUUCUGUAUGAGCAGCUGCAGUUUUGUAGUGGAAAAGUCUAAACAAUCUACAGCCCGUGUUGUUGUAUGGAGGGAAAUAGGAGUACAGAGAAGCUACACCAUGGAGAGCACGUUGUGUGGCUGUGAUCAAGGAAAAUACAAGGGUUUACAGAUUGGGACAAGAGAAUUAGAAGAGAUGGGAGCAAAAUUUUGUGUUGGUUUAUUCCGUUUGAAAAGACUAACAUCACCAUUAGAAUACAAUCUGCCUAACAGCCUUCUUGAGUUUGAAAAUGACUUGAUUGAAUCUAGCUGCAAAGUAACAAGCCCUACCACUUAUGUUUUGGAAGAAGAUGAACCUCGUUUCCUUGAAGAAGUUGAUUACAGUGCAGAAAGUAAUGAUGAGAUAGACAUUGAAAUGCCUGAAAAUGUUGGGGAUUAUGAACCUUCUGUCCAAGAAGAUGCACUUUCUGAUACGGAGUCAUCAAAAACAUGCCUUCCUUGAGCCAUCUGCCAUCCCCUGUAAAUGGCUAAAGAAUAAGAGAAAUAUCUUAGUUUCUAUUGGAUAGGAAACUUUAGAUUUUUAAAAAGAGGUGACUCAAAAAGACAAAAAGUAACUGGAGCCAGUUUGGUUUCAAGACAAUAAAUGUGUUUUUGAUUUAUGAUAAAAACUGGCAUUUGUUUUAUUUAAAGAAUUCAAUGCCCUGAUUGAUAGCAUUGAAUUAUCAAAGAUUGAUUAUCUUUUUUUUCAACAAAACUUUACUCAGUAUCAUUGCACGACUUUUUCCUCUUUAUCCUUAAUCAAAUGGAUAAAUUUGCAAUGUUUCAGAGUAAAAAAUAUAAUUCUAGGUCCCAAUGGUAAUAAAUUGUUGAAAAUGAUAUAUAUGUACAGGGAUUUCUAUUAAUUUGUGUGUUGUUUGUGUGGGAGUGGGCGGAUAUUGAAGACAAGAAAUUAAGUUCUUCAGAAUGAUGUUAACUCUUUGAUUGUGUUUGAAGUAAUCCAGAACUUGCUUUGAAACCAUUUCAUUCUACAGUUACCAAAUUAAACAAAUCAAAAAUUAAUUUAUCAAAUGUUGCUUUUGUUUCUUCAUCCCUUAAUACACUCAGAUUAUAUGGUUAUACAUACUUGAUUCAAAAUAUUCAAAGAAACCCAUAUGUGAACAUCCAUUUAUAAAACUUUAUGUACAUAAGAUGGUUUGAUUACUUCAGUAGGCUGAAGCUCUUGUUGUAGUGCACCUGUGCCUGCCAUGAAUUAUGUAUUUGUAUGGCUCUCUUUUCUGAACAAGUAUCUCCUGAGACAAACUAGAACUGAUCUCUGCAGUCAUGACAGUUUGUUAUUAUGAGGUUUUUAAAAAACAAAAACAAAAAAACCCAACAAAACACAUUUACCCAGUGAGGAUACUACUACUCAGCGCUUGUUAAAUGUACAUUUAUAUAUUGGACUAUAUAUUUAUACCUUUCUGUAUUUAAUAUUGCACGUGCUGUCCUAAAGUAUUAUUAAUUCUAUUGAAGUGAAUUUAUUCAGGGCAUGCUUACAAAUUAUAUCAGAAUCAAAUGUAUCUGGGGAGAAGAGGAGGGAAGUAUUUAGAUCACUUCUUAUUGUGAUAACUUCCCAAAUUUUAGACAGGCUUUAGAAAUGACUGUAACAUAUUAGAAUACUAAUUUUUGAAAAAAAAAUCUAAUGACUCUGUUAGUCUUCUGUGAAUUAAGCUUUUGUUAUAACAAAUAUUAGUGCUAUUUGAUAAGUCCUCAAGAGGACUUUGGUGCCUCCCCUUUGGCACACAUCUUCUUAAAGCCAUUUUGGGGUAGUAAAAGUGAUUUUUCAUCAGGAAUCCUAAAAUACUCAAAUUUGUCUCUGGAGAUUUUUCAAUAAAUGCCUGUAAAGGCAAAACAUUUUUUUCCCAGCUUGUGGUAAUGAAAAGAAACUAUCAGUAUUUCAAGUAUUUUUGCAUUUCCCAAUUAAAUAACUACAUUUUAAUGUUUAGUAUUUUAGGCAUUUCAUUUAUUCUGAAUAAAGUUUUUUUUUAAGGUUUCAUGGGAAGAUGGUGUUGGACAAUUUACCCUCUACCCCCCCAAAAAGCAGGAUUAUCCUUCCUAUAUAUGCACGGUGCUAGUUAGCAUUAUGCUGACGAAUCUAGCAGAGUGAAGGCUGAGCAGACUGGGAGUUGCUAGUUUGUUCUUAGUGAUGAUACAACUAGAUGAGUAUUUGAAGCACUUUAAUUGAAUAAAGAGACGUUAUUGAUGCUAAAAUCUUAUUUAUUUCCAGAAAAUACAGAGAAUGAGAAAUAUUCAGGUUCACUUUUUCCAUAGUCUAUAACUUUGAUGGAUUAGAAAUUGAAAGAUUGUGAGUGAAAAGCAGCUAUAUUUAAUAUGCUAGGUAGAGGGAUUCAAAAGGUUUAAAACUGUAAAAACCCCAUAGAUAGAGAUGGAUAGUAGCAAUAUUUUCAAUUCACUAAAUAAUGGUAUUGAAACACUUAAACCUCUGUUAAUAUCUAUUCCAAUUUUUACAUGUUUCUUAUUCAAGAAAUUAGAAAAUAAAGUAUUUAGCAAAUUAAUUAUUUAUAAACAUUUAGCUUUAGAAGAACAAAGUAACUCCAUCUCUCUAUUUCUCCAUUUAAAAAUCUAAUAAAUCUACUGCUUAUUAGUCAUUAAAACUUCUACUGCUUUUCUCAUCUGUGACUGAGGAAUUUCAGCAUUAAAAAAAAAUAGGUGCUAUUGCAUCCAGUGCCAUCAUCAUUGUAAUUAAUAAUUUUCUUAAUCUGUAUUCUUAUGUUAACUGCAGUAACUAGAUUUAACAAUGUGAUUUAGUAAUGAAACUUGGAGUAAUUUGCAUAAGAUGUCUUUUUUUUUUUAAUAGUUACAAUCACAAAUUCUAAACAAUCAUAGUAUCUUAAAGCUGGAAGGGACCUUAAAGCUCAUACAAUCCAACUCUUCAUUUUAUAGAUGAAGGAAGGGAGGCUUCUAAGUCUAUUAGAAAUAGAUUAGUCUAUUCUUCCCACAGUUCCACAGAAGAGGCUGUCUCUUCCUUGAUCUUUCCCAAAGAACAAAUACAUGUUAGAAAAUAUGAGGAUUUGAUUUGGUUUGGAAUGUUAAUCCAUCUGGAAUUUGGAUAAUUUAUAAUGAUAUUUUAUUAUUUAAUAUUCCAGUAAGAUAUAGAAAUCUACAAAAUACACUUUUAAUCCUUGUAAUAUCCUUUGUUUUAAUACAAGAUUCUGCCUUAUGUUAAGUAUCUUUCUUGAAUAGUUUUUGCCACUUGUGCCAACUUUUAAAUGUUGUUUACAGUUGUGAAAUUUUGUGUAACCCUAUUGACACAUAAUCCAGUAUUCAUUCAAAUAGAGGUACAGCCAUGGUACACGCUUAAUUUAGUUAGCCUACAUUUAAGAUGACUAUACAUUGUAAGUCCUGUAAUGGAUAUAAUUGUGGCAAUUUGCUGUGCAUGCCCCAGGAAUAAAUUAAAUAACAAUAAUUCAACUGUAUAAUAAAGGUUUCAUUAUCAAUCACUGUUUCCCCACACCUUUCAUUGUAUAGAAAAUAAAAUCUUGGUGACUUUGUGCUUU